AAAGUUUAUCCUUGUCAAAAAGACCGCAACUUUCCUUUUUUUUUUUCAUUGAAAUCCAAGUUCUCUCGUUUUUUACAAAAGGAGGAACCCAAAGACACGGGAAACAAGCAAGUCUGGGUUGAAGAAGAGAGAAAAAAGAAAAAACCCACCCCACCCACAAAGCGCAUAAAACCACUGUCCUUAAUAUUACUCUAAUGAACUCAAUGAACUCGAAUUCUGGUCUGGAUGAACCCAAGAGCAACAGGCGCAACAGUGCCUAUGUUCCUGUCCACCGUCGUACGAGCAGCAUUUCUGACCGUCCCCAGGAUGAUGAACAACUGAAGCGUCUUUCCCGAAAAUCUGAAGACACCUAUGACUCCCGAAGGUCGUCCCGCCAGUUCGCAUGGAGCCGUCAACAGCAACAGCAGCAGCAACAACAACAGCGCAAUAACCAGCGAUAUUUCGACGAUGGAGACGAUUCAGAUGAUGUCAGCAUCGCCUCUACACCCGCCAACCGCUUCUCACGCGGUAUCGGUGGUGGCGGCAACGACAUUGAUAGACGAAGCGCUGACAAGCUACAUUAUGCACUUGAGAAUCUCUUAAUACAUGAGGAGCAGCAGCAGGACUGGGAGGAACUGCUGCGUCAGUACGAUCGCUACGAGGAUGUCGAGGACAUCAAGGCGGCCAACCGACGAAGCAAGCGAGCGAGUCGUAUCAUGGAUCCUUUCAGCGAGCCUCCUGCGGAGGUACCUCUGGCGGAAGAGCCAACAGUUAUCCUGGACUGCCAUGACUUUCCGUCGGCAUUCAAGACCCAUCACUUGCACGACAUUUUCCGCGAGUACGAAAACAUGCGUGGCGGUUAUAGGAUCAAGUGGAUGGAUGAUACCCGUGCUUUGAUUAUCUUUGAGCACCACACAACUGCCAAGAAGGCCUACAUCGACAACGUCUCGAAUCCGCUGGCAAAGAUUCGCCCUUACAAUGGGCCGACUGACUUUUUGAAAUCCCCCACCGUCACUCAAUCGCCACGCCGCCCUACGUCCAUUGACGUCAAGAGAGCCAGCUAUGGCGGAUUUGGUCUCAAGUCGCCUGCUCGACCUGAACGACAAAGCCUUCGAGGAAACCCAGUGAUGCAACCGUGA